CGAAAGAUGGCGGAGAGUUGUUGACAACCGCCGUCCGUCAUUGCUGCAGUAAGUAGUAACAGCAAAACCACGCUGUUCAGUGUACUGCGUGUUGGACGCCACGGUGAGGUUCAGACGCUGAACUCGUCUAAGUUAAUAACUGCAUUUAUUUAACGCCAUAUUUCUUUCCACACAGUGGAGUUUAGCUCGCUAAUUACGUAGCUAAUGUAACCGAGCGUCCACCGAAGGAUACACACGCAAAGGAGAAAGAAUGUCAACUGUAGGUGGAGCUGUCUUGAUCCAGACACCAGUGCAGCUCUAUCGAUACCUGCGCAGAUGUUGCAGGCAGUUGCCGACCGCAGCCAUGCAGCAGCACUACAAACAUGCCAUCAUACAGGGAUACAACAGUCACUCGGAUGAAGACGACCCCGAGCGAAUACAAAUGAUAAUUCAAAGAGCUUUAGUGGACGCCGAAUGGAUUCUUGAUAAAUACACAAAAAAAUAAGUGAGACUCAUCAGAAUCAAGUGUGUCUACUGCAGUGGACCUCACUGUCCUGCCUAUGGACACUCCACCAUCUGGACUGUAGUAGCUGGAGAUCUAACCACUGGCCUUUGAAUCCUGAAUACAAUAAAUUAUUAAAGUGUAUAUAUUUAACCUAUGGCUGACAUUAUUUGUUAUUUUUUUAAUAAAGUAAGUUUCAAUGACA